GACAAUCGAGCUAGGGGGCUUCUCCAGCAGCAUAACGUUUGUAUUCCUUUCUGACGUCGUCAUCUCAAGUUACCACAGUCACAAGGUUGUAAUUAUGGUUAAACCCCGCCAUUUUCUAACAUGUAUCUUCUUAAAAUGUAAAUUUAUACAUAACCUUAACCACACUACUAACCUUAUGCCUAACCGUACAAUUAAAUUAAGACCAAAAAUGACAUUUUAUUUUUCAUGAAUUUUUACGAUAUACCCAAUGCAGAUUUUGUGGCUGUGUUGACUAGUGACAAGCGUUUCUCUGCUGUGGCGGCCAUGGUUUUCAACAAUCUUGAAAUGCGCAUGCUCAAACGUAAUUUCGUUCGCGGUUGCGCCAACUCGGAUAGGAUGUUGCCACUAGCAGCAUUGAUGCAUAGGCUUUUUCAGAACAAAAAUAUAUUUCUUGAGGAUCCGGCACUAUUGGACGAAUAACAACAACAACGCAUUUUGCAACCCUUGAUUGGAAGGAACACAACGUUGCGAGAAUUUAACAUUUAGUGUAUUCUGACUGUUGACAUUGCAAAGUGGAAGCGAGCGGGUUUGCAGAAUUUUCAAGCGUCUUCUAAUUUCAGCUAGUAGGAGCAGUAGGAGCAAAAACAAGAACCAUGGCUAGGCCUCGCAGAUACAUUCAGUCGUUCAGCAACCUGACAACAAUACAGUUUAGAAUAGGCACAAAGUUGAGGUUUGUGAGAAACUCGUAACAUUCGUCAUAUUCUUGCCAGCAGUUAGCAAGCAAACAUUGCUUAAUGGAUGGUGUUGCUAAUUAACGUUAGCUAGCUACAGUUGACUAAAUAGGUAACUAGAUAUCAGUCUAGUGUGUGUGCCUGUAUCACAUUCAGAUAAAGCAGCUAGCUAUCGGUUGCCAACUUGCAUACGAGGUCGCUACGUACGGCUAGUUAACUGUUAACCUUGGCUGAUUCCGUUAUUCCCUCCAAUAUACAGUAAUAGGCAGAGAAAGGCGAUUUUUAGUCAAACGUGCGUGUGUGGGGGGGUCGCCUGUCACUGCCAGUGGGACUGGGCGUGGAACAACACUACUAGUUAGCUACAGUAGCUGGUUCCAUAGGAUUAUUUGCAAGAAGUCGACUGCUGGGUGAAUGUGGGACAAAAUGGAGACGCCAACGAUUGUGUACGAUUUGGAUACCUCUGGGGGUUUAAUGGAGCAAAUUCAAACACUGCUCGCACCACCCAAGUCAGAGGAUGGCGAAAAGAGGAGUCGGAGGAGUGAAAGGGACGUUCGGAGAAAGAGCAGGGCCACCAACCACGAUACCUGUGAUAGUUGUCAUGAGGGAGGGGACCUUCUGUGUUGUGACCAUUGUCCAGCCGCCUUCCAUCUACAAUGCUGUAACCCACCAUUGAGUGAAGAAAUGCUGCCCCCUGGUGACUGGAUGUGUCAUCGCUGCAAUGUUCGUAGAAAGAAGCGGGAGCAGAAGGCUGAGAGGACAAAUGGCCUGCUGGAGAGGGAGAGGCUCUUCUCCAAGCGCUCCUCCCCUGCAGCUGAACUGGAGCGGGGCACCACCACUAUUACCACCACCAUGCUGCGUCUGGACAGGCUGCCCCCCGGGGUCGGAGCAGCUGGACCCGGCCUGCGGGUGGCUGCCGUGCAUCUCGAGCGUCUGGAUCGCCUUGAGAGGCGGGCCAGCAGCUGCCCUGGCACGCCCACUUCCAACACCUCUUCCACGGACACCCCCUCGGAGGAGCAGAACGAGGUAGGCAAGGAGAUGGCCAAGGCAGAGGAGGUGGAGGUCCAGGGCUCAGAAUCUGAGCAAGCCACCACCACCCCUACCUCCACACCACGGCUCCUCAAGAGGCCCUUCCAGCUUCUCAUCGCCGCCGCCAUGGAGCAGAACCCCUCGCAGUUCCAGCUGCCCAACGAACUCACUUGCACCACAGCACUGCCAGGCAGCAGUAAACGGAGGAGGAAAGAGGAGCUGAUCAUGAAGACUUUCAGAAGGCCACAGCAUGAGAUGGACCCCAACGGCCUCGUUCCUCUGCCAGUCAGGGUGUGCUUCUCCUGCACCAGGAGCUGCAGAAUGGCGCCCCUGGUUCAGUGUGACUAUUGCCCCCUGCUCUUCCACAUGGACUGCCUGGACCCCCCACUUACUGCCAUGCCCACAGGCAGGUGGAUGUGCCCCAACCAUAUGGAGCACUUGGUGCUGAACCAGAGGAGCCUGUCCUUUACCAGCCGCUGCCAGCUCUUAGACCAGUUCCAGGAUAGGAUAUCCCAGCAUGCUGUCAAGGUGGGCUUCCUGCGACGGGUCCACCGACAGAAUCCCCCUGUCCGCAGUGGUGUCCACCACAAGACGAAGGUGCUCAAGGUGCCCGACGCUAUUAAGUCCCAGUACAAGAACCCCCCGGCCAUUUUGGCUCCUGCAGGGGUGCGUAACGGGGAGCUGAUCUGUAAUGGUGUCCCAUCCCAGGAUUGCUCCCCUCAGCAUUUUACCAGCCAAGCGGAGCAACGGGAGUGGCUUCGAGAUGUCAUCUCGCUGCAGUGCAGCAUCAUGCGACAUUUAUCUGGCAAGCAGAAGUCCUCGUCAGACUGGCACUCUGAACAGACAAACAGGGAAAAGAAAGACAUUAAGCUCUGUGUGGCCCUAGAGGAGAACAGCUCUCUGCCCCUUGCAGAAAGGACAGCUUCAGCCCUGCCUGCCCCCUGCUCUAAGCCCUGCAGUACAUCUGAUGGCCCCCAGGGGGCCCAGGUAUUGAAGGGUCUCUCGCAAGGUCAGGAGAGCUGCAGCUGCCCGGUGAGGCCAUGUCAGAACUGUCUGAAGUGCAGGAAACCCAACGGGCCCCUGACUGAGCAGCCUGUGCAAGCCAACGGACCAGUAGUGUGUAACGCUGCCUCUGACGCCUGCAAACAGACAGAGCUCCAGCUGCACAGACUCACCUCCCCAGCCCCACUCCCAACCUCUGCUCUGGGGAUGCCAAACCACCUGAGAGGAGGGGUGGAGGUUAAAACUGAGAAGGGCAGCCACCUAGAGUCUUGCACCCAGAAAGGUUGUCCACCUUCUUUGAUGUGUGCAGCCACAGGGCAGGACAUAAAGAGCCAGACCCACGGGACUCCUUCAGGCAUGGCAGGGACUCAGGCCAACCCUCUGAGCUGCUGCAGUGAGCUGAAGCUCUGCCCCAGCCCCACCCCAGGUGUCCAUGUCUUCACCCCACCCAGAGCCGUCAAAGACUCCAGCACAGCAAAACAGCCGACCACCACACCUCCCGGUUUCUCCCCAGGGACAGAUCUUAAGGGCAGCUCCAUGUUCCCCAGCUCUCUCUUCCCCUUAAUAGCAGACCUGUCUGGUGGCAUGAAGGCUGUGAUGGAAGCGGAUGGAGAGAUCGAACUGAGUAAACUGGAUGAGGAGUUGGUGAAACUCCUGGCCUGGCAGAGGAUACAGCAGUUGUUCCCCCACAAAGCAACCCCAGUCCCCCAAGGCAGCGGUCUAGCUGCUUCCUCUCCUCCCGCCGUCGCCCUCAAACCUCAAUCUCCCGCGCCGUGCACAGAGGGUAAGCCCCCAGUCCCCCAAGGCAGCGGUCUAGCUGCUUCCUCUCCUCCCACUCCCGCGCCGUGCACAGAGGAAGAACAGAAGGUGCAGGCGAGAGCAACGUUCUAUCCACUCAUGGGGAAGGGAGGAGCCAUCAACAUGUCUUAUAGGACCCUGUACAUAGGAGCUGGUGCUGACAUGGAUGUGUGCCUUACAAACUAUGGUCAUUGUAAUUAUGUAUCUGGAAAACACGCCUGCAUCUUUUACGACGGGAACACCAAACACUACGAGCUGCUCAACUACAGUGAGCAUGGGACCACGGUGGACAACGUGCUCUACUCCUGUGACUUCUCUGAGAAGACUUUGCCCUGCCCGGCCAGUGGCCUGGUGUCCAAAGUGCAGGGCAUUGUCCGCCGCUGUAAGAUGAGGGAGCAGCAGCAGGAGGAGGGGACCGAGGCUGGGCACAGGACUGUUAUGAUGCCAUUGGAGGGAGUGAUGAGCUGCCAGCCCCAGGGAGGACCCAGGCUCUCCUGCAACUGCAAAGCCAGCAGUUCCAGCCUGAUCGGUGGCAGCGGGGCUGGCUGGGAGGGCACAGCGCUGCUCCACCAUGGCAGCUACAUCAAACUGGGCUGCAUGCAGUUUGUCUUCAGCAUUGUUGAGUUCGCCAGUAAGCAGCCUAAAGAAGAGGGAUCCACUGGCACUGCCAAUACCACCCCUGCCAAUACCACCCCUGCCAAUACUACCCCCAACCAAGAGGGGGCAGACAAACAGACUAUCAAACUCCACCAAUUGCAACUCUGUGCCAAAGCCCAAACUCUCCCUUUCUCAUCUAUUUCCAGUCAAACCUAAGGGGAGCAGGUUGUUACACAGGAAAAAUAGCUAUUUUAAUUUAUUUUGUUUAUACUUUUGCAUGAAAUUAAGUAUCUCAAAUCUGUUUAUUUAGAUUGACUUACUGAAGAGUAUUUGUCACUUAUGUUUGCCAGUCUAGUUAUACAUGUAUAUACAGUACCAGUUAAAAGUUUGGACACCUCAUUACAGGGUUUUUCUUUAUUUUUAAUAUUUUCUACAUUGUAAAGUAAUAGUGAAGACAUCAAAACUAUGAAAUAACACAUGGAAUCAUGUAGUAACCAAAACAAAUUCUUCAAAGUAGCCAUCCUUUGCCUUGAUGACAGCUUUGCACACUCUUGGCAUUCUUAAUUAAAAAUGAAUUUGUAAAAUUUCUUUCCAUCUCAAUGCGUUUGAGCCAAUCAGUUGUGUUGUAACAGGGUAAAGGGGGUAUACAGAAGACAGCCCUAUUUGGUAAAAGACCAAGUCCAUAUUAUGGCAAGAACAGCUGAAAUAAGCAAAGAGAAACGACAGUCCUUCAUUAUUUUAAGACAUGAAGGUCAGUCAAUCCUGAACAUUUCAAGAACUGGCUCUCAUGAGGAUCGCCACAGGAGAGGAAGACCCAGAGUUACCUCUGCUGCAGAGGGUAAGUUCAUUAGAGUUACCAGCCUCAGAAAUUGCAGCCCAAUUAAAUGCUUUGGAGUUCAAGUAACAGACGCAUCUCAACAUCAACUGUUCAGAGGAGACUGCGUGAAUCAGGCUUUUGUGGUUGAAUUGCUGUGAAGAAACCACUACUGAAGGACACCAAUAAGGAGACUUGCUUGGGCCAAGAAACAUGGCCAUUAGACCAUUAGAUCUGUUCUUUGGCCUGAGUUCAAAUUUAAGAUUUUUGGUUCCAACCGCUGUGUCUUUAUGAGAAGCAGAGCAGGUGAACGGAUGAUCUCUGCAUGUGUGGUUUCCCCCGAGAAGCAUGGAGGUGCUUUGCUGGUGACACUGUCAGUGAUUUAUUUAGAAUUCAAGGCACACUUAACCAGCAUGGCUACCACAGCAUUCUGCAGUGAUACGCCAUCCCAUCUGAUUUGCGCUUAGUGGGACCAUUUGUUUUUCAACAGGACAAUGACCAACACACUUCCUGGAUGUGUAAGGGCUAUUUGACCAAGGAAAGUGAUGGAGUGCUGCAUCAGAUGACCUAGCCUCCACAAUCACCCAACCUCAACCCAAUUGAGAUGAGUUGGCGCGCAGAGUGAAGGAAAAGCAGCCAACAAGUGCUCAGCAUAUGUUGGACCUCCAGAACUGUUGGUUCUCCAUGAAGCUGGUUGAGAGAAUGCCAAGAGCAUGCAAAGCUGUCAUCAAGACCAAUGGUGGCUACUUUUUGAAGAAUCUAAAACAUAUUUUUAUUUGUUUAACAAUUAUUUUGGUUACUACUUGAUUACAUAUGUGUCACUUCAUAGUUUUGAUAUCUUCACUAUUCUAAAAUGUAGAAAAUAGAAAAACAAUUAAAAACCCUUGAAUGAGUAGGUGUGUCUAAACCUAUGACUGGUACACUUAACAUUUUCUUAUUUUUCAGACAGCUCAUGUAGCCCAAACAUUUUAUUUUGUGAUAUUGAAGUUGUAGUACUGGCACUAUUUGUUGUUGCUACGUUUGCUCCACAGGUAGCUAGCACACUUACAUGCUUAUACACACAUUUGUAUGUACAGUAUAUUCAUGUAAAUAGGAGUGUGGUUUACAUAUGUUUGCUUGUUUACCAUUCCAUUCUAGCCAUUAUAUUGAUCCUGUCCUCCUGUAGCUCCUCCCACCAGCCUACACUGAUGGACAUAAACCAUUGUGGUUGGUUUGUAUAGUGUACAGUACCUCCCAUGGACUCCUUUUGUGAUAUUUUGUAGUUUUGCAGAAAUGUUUAUUACACACCUGUUCUGAGUCCUGUGUCUUCCAUGCUGAAUGGUGUAAAUGGUGUCAGAUUGUUUUAGCUCUCGUUUAACAUUAUUGUACGCUGUAAAUAAGUGUUGUUUGUUCCUGUCUGUUUAAAACAAUGUAAAUACAGAAAGAUUUUUUUAAAGAACACA